CAGGUUUCAAUCCUCCCAGGGCCACUGGACGUCGCGGCGUGCACGGUGCGGCGGCCGCCUCCGCCUCCAAGCCUAGACUUAGGCAGCGAGCGAAGGCUCACUUCAGACGCGCGGCCGCGCACUCGGCCUGCCGCAGACCGAGGCUGGGCCCCGCGGCGGAGGCUGCUUCGGGGCUGCGCUGGCUGCGCGCUCUGGGAGGCGGCGAUCGCGGCUGGGCCGGGACUUCCUUCCUCCACCGCGGGACAACAAAACAAGCCGGCUGCAGGCACCGGGCUCUUGGCAACGGUUUGGGCCGGAGGCGCAGCGAUGGGCUCCGUGCUGAGCAGCGAUAGCGGAAAAUCCGCGCCCGCCUCGGCCACCCCGCGGGCCCUGGAGCGCAGGGGGGACCCCGAGCUGCCCGUCACGUCCUUCGACUGCUCCGUCUGCCUCGAGGUGUUGCACCACCCCGUCCGGACCCGCUGUGGCCACGUAUUCUGCCGUUCUUGCAUUGCUACCAGUCUCAAGAACAAUAAGUGGACCUGUCCUUACUGCCGGGCAUAUCUUCCUUCUGAAGGAGUUCCAGCAACUGAUGUAGCCAAGAAAAUGAAAUCCGAGUUCCAGAAUUGCACCGAGUGUGACACCCUGGUUUGCCUCAGUGAAAUGAGGGCACACAUAAGAACAUGUCAGAAGUACAUAGAUAAGUAUGGACCACUACAAGAACUUGGAGAGACAGCAACAAGGUGUGUAUGUCCAUUUUGUCAGAAGGAAUUGGAUGAAGACAGCUUGCUGGAUCAUUGCAUUACUCAUCACAGAUCAGAAAGGAGACCUGUGUUCUGUCCACUUUGCCGUUUAGUACCUAAUGAGAAUCCAAGCAGCUUCAAUGGCAGCUUAAUAAGACAUUUGCAAGUCAGUCACACUUUGUUUUAUGAUGAUUUCAUAGAUUUUAAUAUAAUUGAGGAAGCUCUUAUUCAAAGGGUUUUAGACCGGUCACUUCUGGAAUAUGUGAAUCACUCGAACACCACAUAAUUGUAUUAAAAGAAAAGAGAAGGAGACCGUACAAUUGCACCAUUUUUUUCAAGAUGCUGCUUGAAGAAUUGGAGGGAAACUGUCAAUGUUUGAUGGGCAAAAAAGUGUACAACACAGUUAUAUGUUUGUCCAUGUUUAUUGUUAUACUGCAUUUUAAACCUGCUUUCAUUUUGGUGGUUUAGGUCUGUUUUACAUUCUUGAGUUUCUCAGACACUUAACAGCAAAAAAAGUCUCCAUCAGCCAUUAAUACAUGGAAGAGAACAUAAGGCUGAGUAUGUGGGUGAAGGAUCUUUAUUUGCAAAUCGGAUGACAUUGUGUGUAAUGCUACAUAUUGAUAACUUCCCUCAUUGUUGGUCAAAAUAACUAAUCUUUGUUCUAUGGAGAGUGAAACAAAGCGUGGUCAUUCAAGGAAAUGUGAAAUCUCUUCUAGAGUUCACGUUCUAACCGCUAAUAGAAUAACAGGAAUAGCCUUGUAUGGAGUAGGAAAGGAAAGUUUUGGCAGUUGACAACGUCCAUUUAAUCAAAUUGUAUAACAUAAUACUGUAAUAAAAUAAAUUUCAUGUUAGGAAUGUAUACUUAAUGCUUUGACUUUUUAUAACUAUGCACACAUAAGAUUUUAAUAUUAUAUUUUUCAAAUAUUUGUAGCUUAUUGUUUAGAAAUAUUUCUAUAAUACAGGCAACUUCUUAAGAACCAUCAGCUGAUAUUUACAGUAGAAGUAUUCACAUCCAUAAUUUUUAGUGGAAAAUCCUAAGGGCUUUGAUUUUUUUUUAAUUUUAUCUUUUAGGAAUAUUAUAAAAUAAAUAUAAAAACUGAAAACCAAACAGAAAAUGUAUAGCUUAUUACAUUCUCAUAAGGAAACAUUCUUUUAGAACUCUGCCAGUCACCUUGGAUGUCUUCUAUGUGUCCUGUCACAGUUAACAAACCUCUUCCUCAACCCCACAGAAGUAAACACUACAUUGAUUUUAAUAGUACUCACUGCCUUGCAUUUCUUUCGUAGUUUAUCCCCCAAGUGUGUGUCUCUACACACUAGCUUUUAAUCUUACCCAUUUAAAAUUGCUUUAUUAAAUAUAUCGCUUAAUGUCUGUUUUUAAUUUCUGGGUUUCUCCUUUCUUUUCUUUAAAAUUUACCUAUUGAAGAACCUGGUUUUAUAAAUUUCCCACUGUCUAUAUUUUGUUAAUUGCAUACUCAUGGCACAAUUCAGCAUGUUCUUCUAUCCUGUGGAUAUUGACACAUGGAUCCAGAGAUGUGAGCAGAAUCAGGUUCAACCUUUUGGCCAGACCAUAGAUCAUGGUGUAUUCUUUCAACAGAGGGCACAGAAUGUCUGGUUCUCUCUUUUGUGAUGUCAGCUGAAAUUGAUACUCAAUGCCUAGAUCCAUUGAUUUGUUGUGGGUUGGAGAAUAUUCUAUCAUUUCUUUUUCAUUUAUUAGUUGGAACAUUUUUAUAAAGAGGUGUUUCCCCAUAUCUACUAUUUGGUUAACCAGUGGUCAAGUUCAUAUAGGAAAGGGAAAAUAAACUUGAAUUUUCCCCUUUAUUUACCAAUUUUUAAGAUAAUAAACUUGUUUUCUAUCAUCCUCUGUAGAUCACUUUUUUUAAGUGUUGUGAACUCAUGGAUUCAAACGUAUUUGAUGGGCUUUAAUCCAUUUUACAUAUUGCCUUAUUAAAGCUCAAAUUGUCCUAUCUUUGGUCAUUGGGAGCCUUAUCAAGUUGACUCUGAGUGCUUUUGACACUACUCUAGCAGUCUUUAAUGGCUUCCUUGUAGUCUCAUAUGACAGGCUAUUCCAGGCUCAAUUUGUAUGUUUCCUGCCCCAGACCUGGUAUCCGCCAUUUCUCUUAAUGAGCCUGGUUACUUUCAGUGAGAUAUAGUGCUUCAAAACUGUAAUUGUGACUGUUAAGUUCAUUGCGGCUAUAUUGGUCUUUGUUUCUAGGAGAGAGCUAGGAAAUAUCCUUUUUUUUAAGAUAAAACACUUCAUUCAUGAGUUUAUUUUGAUACUUGCAAAUCAAAUUAAGUACUACAGGGUUUUUGCCUAAUCUUUUCUAUUACAUUUGUGUCUUUUGCUUUUCUCUACUGAGAAUCCUGGUCUUCAAGGACACAGGAAUAUCCCACAAUUAUUCAUUUCCUUCAUCUACUUUAUGCAUGCAACAGUCUCAGAAUAAUAAUACUAAUAAACCAUCACCAGUAUGAUAGCUGGUACAAUCAAAAAUGUUUUUCAUUUGUUCUCCCUAAUCUCCUAUUUUUUAAAGUUGUACUAUAUCAACAUUUUCAAGGAAUUCCCUGGCGGUCCAGUGGUUAGGACUCUGUGUUCUCACUGCCCAGGGCCCGGGUCUGACCCCUGAACGGGGGGAACUAAGAUCCUGCACAAGCCGCAUGGCGCGGCCAGAACAAAAAAAAACUUUUUUUGAGAACCUAUUGGUGUAACAUGCAAUACUCCCUUCUAUCCCCCAUUUAGCUAAGUUCUUCAAGUACCUGUAUAUUUAGUGCUUGCUACCACUCCUUAUCUGAUGGCUCUGUUUUUCAUAUUUGGCUCUCUAAUGACAAAUCCAGGACAUAGAAUAAUAUUUCCAUCUUGAAGGCAAGCAAAGAAGCUACGAAGACGCUUGAUUUCAACUCCUGAGCAUAAAAUGUUACUUGGUUGUGGUUAGCUUCUUAAUUGUAAUCGUCUAUAAGCUUCUUUGUUCCUUACACAUAAAUGUAGUCAUAGCCAUGUUCCCCAAAAUUUUCUAUAGUAAAUUAUCCAUUACUUCUUAAAAGCCUUGCUUACCAUUCUGCCAUCCACCGCAAGGUAAUUAGAAAAACGUAAAGCUGGGUGAAAUCUAGAGGGCCAUAUUUCCUCCCUUUUAGAUACUGGUUUCAAGCUUGCUUUUCACAGCUGCUAACCAGUAAGAACAGAUUUUUAGUUUCACCACCUCUCUUCCUACAGUUUGGAUGGCUCAACCAAUAAAGCAAAACCUAUUGGACAACAGGGGCAAAAGGAGAGGAACUUUUAAGAGGUAAUCAUUAGGUUGAAAAUAUAGUCCUGGAAAAAUAAAAGAAUAUAUUUCUGAGUAUUAGUACUCACUAUCCAGAAAAUAAAUUUUUGUUAAUUCCGAGCAAUACAAAAGGCAUCUUUAAAUCUGUAAAACUUGAAAAAAACUUCAAAACUUAAAAACUGUAUUUUGAGUAAAGCUUUAAGUCACCUGCCACUGUUAAACCUCAGUGCAGCAAUUCUACAUCCUGUCCCUGGAUAUCUCUUAUGAUAAUUUUGCCCCCUACGGGACAAACCAGGUGCUGGCCACCUGAAUUAUUUUGCCUUUUGAAUUAUUUUGAGUUCUAAAAUAGUGAAGUGCAACUAUUAUUCAUUGUUUCACUGUGCCUUUAACCUUUUAUUAAAAGGAAUUUAUAAUUCAUUGUCUUAAAAAACGAAAACCAAUAUUUGAAGCUGUUGACUAAGCAAAAAAUUUCACUCCUUUUUUUUAAUAGCACCUCAAGAUGCCAAUUUUUCAAGGCCUUAUGAGGGAAAAACUGAUUCACAUGUUAUUCUUUAAAAGCUAAAUUCUAAUCCUACAAAAACCUAUGGAGAUUUUCCUUUUACAUAUUUUUUUCACCCAAGUUUCUAAAACGUAUAUUGAGAAAUAGGAUUGGGAAUCUACGCUGAAGAUAGUUCCAGGUCAGAUCUUCUAAAAGAUCCUGGCUCUAAUGAUGUUACUUUAUUACUUUUACUGGGUGCUAAGUGUCCUUUGUUUUCAAGUGAGCUUACAACAGUUACUGAAUACGUUUAACAUAUAAUUAGUACCUUCAAGUAACAUUGAAGUUAUUCUAAAAAGUCACUAAGAGAUUCAUCCUUUUAUUAUUCAACUGCAAAAAAUAAAUCUGUAUAAUGAUCAGAAAUUAAAAUGUACAAUUCCUUUUCUUCUGUAAAUAUGUAUUAUUGUGAGAAAUAAAGAAUGGCAGGACCAUU